UGAUGCUUAAAAAUGAGGAACUUGAGAGAGUGAAGAAAUUAGGCAUUAAGAAAUUGCUGCACCGCAAGAAGCUUCACUUACUAGUUGAUCUAGAUCACACACUCCUUCAUUCCGCCGAUUCAGGAGAGGACUGCUUGCAGAGCCAAACAGAUGGUCCCCAAGAUGAAUGCAAAGCGUUGAGGCCCUCUGUUAGGUCCUUCUUAAGGGAUGCCAGCUACAUGUACGAGAUGUACAUGUACACAGAUGGUGAACGAUCGGAUGCGCUCGAAAAGGCUAAUUUACUUGAUCCGUCAAAGGAGCAUUUCGGUGAUAGGGUGAUCUCACGUGACGAUGGUGCCCAAAAACAUCAAGAAGGCCUAGAUAUUGUGCUUGGACACGAUAAUGCAGCUGUGAUCCUUGCCAAUACAGAGAAUGGAUGGACAAAUCAUUGGCAAAAUUUGAUACUGGUUGAAAGGUACGGGCCUGAUGAAACCAAGUCCGAGGGAGCUCUCGCAACGGUUCUAGAAGCUCUCAAGGAAAUUCACAGAAUGUUUUUUCAUGAACCGGAGGGCGAUGUGAAAAUGGUUAUCAAAACAUUGAAAGCCGAGGUGUUGAAGGGGCAACACCAGAUCGUCUUCAAAGAGUUUUUUACUUCAGAAGUUCCCCAGGCUUGGAAGGUGACAGAAAAUCUGGGAUCGUGCUAUGGUGUACGGGGGAGAUCAGUACGUUUCGUGGUCGAUCUUUUCAGCCUACUGACAAGAUCGUCUGCAGAUGAAGAUAUCAGAAGCGUUAUCUCCUGGGGAGGAGAUAACGCUUCGUUCAUUAUUCAUAACUUCCCCAACUUGCACAAGCUUGUGCAAAAGUUGCAUGGACGAAAUCGAACUCAAUGGCUGAAGGAUUUGAAUGACUAUGGGUUUUACCGGGAGCAGAAAAGAACUUUUAGGCACAGACAAGGGCUACUCCAAAGGGAGCGGCCGGAUUUGAUUCCAGAGAUUCGUUACUGCGGUCAGCCAGGGAAGAAGAGGGUGACGGCAUAGAGGUCGAAUUGUUUGAGUUUCGGUAUCUGUUUGAUGUUUCUAGGUUGGUUCAGGUUCCGUAUAAAACUAUUGUUCUGUAAUUUCAUGCUAGCCUCGGUGCACUCUCCGGAUCAGUUGCUUAGACAGUCUCUGAUUAGCCACAUGACACGUGGGGAUACCUUUUUUGCUGUACAUAAUCUGAAUAUCAAUCACUACUACAAACCUGCUUUUACACAUAA